AUGGAACAGCAGACGAAAGCACCGCAGGACCUCCGGAAUGUCGUCAAUUAUCUGCGCAGUAGCAAGGCUGGGUUGAAGAUCCGGGUGGGCAUCUUGAACGGGAAGCGGAUAGACUACUUCAAAGGCAAAGGCGCAAUCAAAGCCCUCCUCUCACCAGCCUACGCCAAGCUCAAAAACGUCCCACCCGUCACAGACGAGCAGGAAGCCGCCACCGUCCUCACCUCCGUCAUCCCUUUCGCCUUCUAUCUUCACGUCGACCGCGGGCAGCCAUCCGGCUCCUCGUCCAAUUCACCCAAGAUGCUCACCGUCGAGCAGAUGCAGACCGCGUUCGACGCCGCACACUAUUACGCGUGGUUCUACGAGGGCUCGCAGUGGACGACGUACGCCGGCGGUCUCGCCAUGGUCGCGAUCAUGCUCGCCGGUGUCAUGUUCCCACUAUGGCCGCCAGUCAUGCGGCUGUACGUGUGGUACCUCAGUAUCGGCGUGCUCGGCCUCGUCGGUCUGUUCUUCGCGAUCGCCGUCGUUAGAUUGAUAUUCUAUAUCAUCACCGUCAUCGUGGCGAGUCCUGGGAUUUGGAUAUUCCCAAAGCUGUUUGCAGACGUCGGAUUUGUGGAAUCCUUCAUCCCUCUAUGGGAGUGGGACUACCCAAAAAGAAGGGCAAGAAGAGACGCGCCGAGAAGGGAAAGGGCCGUGCCGCGCCCGCAGAAGAGGGCGGCGCACACAUCGAGGAGAUCGCCGACUCAGGCAGCUCGCGUCCAGCAAGCAGGACCGCGCGCGUGGAGGAUGUCGCCGAGGAGGACUAGGGCUGACGCGCUCGCGGGUCGUGGCGCAAGGAUGGAUUGGUGUAUCAGUUGCGUUGAGGGUGAUCCGCUGUAUCUAUUGGCUAGGCAUGCUUCUCUCGUUGGGAACACAUAA